AUGGUUGACACGAAAAAAACAAAAAAGGCGGCUAGGCCGGUCACCGUUCUCCCACUCACGAAACCUCGCAAGAAAGUAGCUCACGUUGUUGAAAAACAAGUCAACGGGGACAAGAAUGGAGGCAAAAGAUUGGUGGUUGUACGAAGACAGCCAAGGUAUUUGAACACUCAGGACAAGCCAUGGAGAAUGAGAUCCCACAAGAAACCGUUCUCUCAACAUAAACGUUACUUGAGAAGUUCGAUUACUCCAGGAACUGUUCUCAUCAUGGUUGCUGGUCGUCAUAAGGGAAAAAGAGUUGUGUUCUUGAAGCAGCUUAAAUCUGGAUUGCUCUUAGUUACUGGACCAUACCAUUUAAAUGGGUGCCCCUUGAGAAGAAUCAACCAGAUUUAUGUAAUCGCCACAAAAACCAAGUUGGAUAUUAGUGCAGUUAAAAUUCCUGAGCGAUUAACUGAUGAUUAUUUCAAGAGGAAGACACUGAAAAGACCGAAGCACACUGAGGGUGAAAUUUUUGACACCAAGAAGGAGAAAUAUGCGGUGACAGAGGAAAGAAAGAAGGAUCAGGUUGAUGUCGAUGGGCAGAUCUUACAGGUUGUCAGGAACCAUCCUGACAAAAAAUUCCUUUUUGGAUACCUUGGUUCACUUUUUUCAUUGAAGAAUGGUGAAUAUCCACACAAACUCAUCUUCUAA